GUUCACACCCAUCGAUCAGCUUACUCGUAGUAGUACACGCAGCUAACUAGCUAGCUGCUAGUAGCUAGGAGCCUUGCUAGGACCAAGCGAUCAUCAAGAGAAAACCAUGGCGCACAAGCUCCCGGCCGCCAUUCUCCUCGCCGCCCUCCUGGCGCUCGCCGCACCGCUGGUGGUCGUCGCCGGCGACCCCGACACGCUCCAGGACGUCUGCGUCGCUGACUACCAUUCCCUCAAGGGCCCACUGAGGCUGAACGGAUUCCCGUGCAAGAGGCACGAGAACGUGACGGCGAACGACUUCAUCUCCGUCCUGCUGGCGAAGCCCGGCAACACGGGCAACGCGGUGGGGUCGGCGGUGACGGCGGCGAACGUGGAGAGGCUCCCGGGGCUCAACACCCUGGGCGUGUCCAUGGCGCGGAUCGACUUCGCGCCGUGGGGCGUGAACCCACCGCACACCCACCCCCGCGCCACCGAGAUCAUCUUCGUCCUCCAGGGCUCCCUCGACGUGGGGUUCGUCACCACCGCCAACAGGCUCUUCGCCCGCACCGUAUGCAGGGGCGAGGUCUUCGUCUUCCCGCGCGGCCUCGUCCACUACCAGAGGAACAACGGCGGCACCCCCGCCGCGGUCAUCUCGGCCUUCAACAGCCAGCUGCCGGGCACGCAGGCCGUCGCCCAGACCCUCUUCGGCGCCUCGCCGGCGGCGCCCACCGACGUGCUGGCCAGGGCGUUCCAGAUCGACGCCGGCCUCGUGGAGGCCAUCAAGUCCAAGUUCCCGCCCAUGUAGGCACGCGCAUGCUGCCAAGCAGAGGUGGUGAUUUCGUUCCGACAAGUUGUGGAAUUUAAUAAAGUCAAAAUAUAAUUGGUUGGAUCGUUUCGUGUGCGGUCAUGCAUGCAUGGCCUGGCCCUCAUGGGGGGCCUCGACACUUCACUGUUGUUGCUUUUCUAUUUCGGCGUGAACCAUUUGUGUAAGGUGUGGUAUAUACUACUCAUCAACUCUAGAAAAUGAAUGCCCCGAUUGUCUCUGUUA